AUGUCGAAUCGGCCUGAGCUUCUAGCUCCACCUGAGAUUUUUUAUGAUGAUUCAGAGGCUCGUAAAUACACUUCCUCUUCUCGUAUCAUCGAUAUUCAGGCUAAGCUAUCAGAAAGAGCAUUAGAGCUUCUUGCUUUGCCUGAGGAUGGGAUCCCUAGAUUACUCCUCGAUAUCGGUUGUGGAUCAGGACUUAGUGGGGAGACAUUAACUGAGAAUGGUCACCAAUGGAUCGGCUUAGACAUUUCACAGUCAAUGCUUAAUAUUGCGUUGGAGCGCGAGGUAGAGGGUGAUCUUUUACUUGGUGACAUGGGUCAGGGCAUAGCACUUCGACCUGGAGUUAUUGAUGGUGCCAUCAGUAUUUCAGCUGUUCAGUGGUUAUGCAAUGCGGAUAAGUCCUCCCAUGAGCCAAAACUAAGACUGAAGGCUUUCUUUGGAUCAUUAUAUAGAUGUUUGGCAAGAGGAGCUAGAGCUGUGUUUCAAGUGUAUCCUGAAAACAUAGCCCAGCGUGAAUUAAUUUUGAGGUCUGCAAUGCAUGCUGGAUUUGCUGGUGGUGUGGUUAUUGAUUACCCACAUAGGUAUGCUAGGCCUCUAUUUAGAAAUCUCAUGAUGGGCUUUUCAGGACUGAUGAGGAGAUGCUCAGAAAUAUUAUUUGUUGUAUAUAAGGUUUUUGCUUGGCUUUAA